AGCCCCUAGAACACCGUGCUAAGCUCUUCGUGUCAACGUAGCUGAUCACUUUUCAAUCACCGCGUUGGUACUCAAGCUCAAGGACUCUCUGUGUUUUGCUAAUGAAAGUCAGCGUACUUGUCGGUAUCGUCGUUGCUUGCAUCGUCACGACUCAAGCCCAGGAGCUUCAGGCGGAGGAAUCUGCAUCUUUGGACGAAAUACAGAGGGAAGAGCAGCAGCAGCAGCAACAACAACUAGUAUCGUUAUCAGCAUCGACUUCUGAAGAUGCCAGUGGCUCUGUAUCCGGCCAAAUCGACCUGUUCGACUCUACCUCGGCCUCCGCGAGUGCAAGCACCAGCGGUUCGUGGGAUGAUGCUAUCGUCGGCGAUUCCGCUUCAACUUCGGCGUCGGAUGCGUCUGCGACCACCGAGGAGAGCGGUAGCUCGUCGGAAGCACCAAGUGUAUCUUCAUCGGCGUCAGAUACUUCCUCUGUGUCUUCAGAUAGUGGCGAUAUCACCCAGGAAAGCUUGAUCGACUCCUCGGAAUCGCUGGAAGCAAGUGCUGCUACUAGCACCAACGUGUCCUCAGACGGUAGCGACUUCGAGUCCAAUGCGGCCUCAGCGGAGAGCGGCAGUGCAUCGGAAGCCUCUGCUGCAUCGUCGACUACUUCGUCAUCUACAACUUCAUCUUCCGAUGAUGGUAGUGGCUCUACGGCAUCGGGUAGCGGCAACAUAAACCAGAGCGACCUGUUUAACUCUACGUCCGGAUCGCAGGAUUCCACCGCAGCAACGAAAACCCCUGAACCUUCUAUCUCCGUCGAGGAUUCCGUUCAGCUAAGCGAAAGCUUCGGUGGCCCACACGGAACGGAGUUUUCGGACGAAGCGGUAGCAACUUCAGGGCAAACCGUUGUGUCCAUUACGAUCCGAGCAGGUAAGCGCAUCGAUGGCGUCGCGUUGGAGAUUACAGCGCCUGUGGCGACAAUAUUCAACCACGGUGGAGGUGGCGGUGACCCGAAGACUCUCACACUUGGUCCAGGUGAAUACAUUACGUCGAUGGAGGCUCAUUGGGGAAAGCGAAAUGGUCACACUCGCAUCUUCUACUUGCGCUUUGGUACGAACGCGGGUAACUUCCUUGAAGGGGGAUCCAAGACCGACAGUAAAGCCACGGUGACUGCCCCAGAGGGUUUCCAGCUUGGAGGAUUCUUCGGUCGAGACGGUGACGAGAUCGAUCUGCUGGGUGCGAUUUGGACGAGCAUUGCAGUGGUCACACCAGCACCCGGAGCACCGACACCAGCGCCGACACCGUGGGUAGAAAAGAAGAUUGGUCACGAUGAAGUGGUGCCUUUUAAGCAACCGGAGCCUGUCACGAUCGCUGAAAAAGCUGCCAUCAAGUUUAAACCGCAGCUUCACAUCACCAAUGGUUGUCACGCGUACCCUGCAGUGAACGUAGGGGGUCAGACUAGUGGGGGUCUCAAGACGACUGGUGCCCCUAGCGCCGGUUGCAAGGGAUCUGGAUGGGGGUCUCAGGUUUACGGCCGCUCAACUUGGCACAAUGGAGUCUGGGCUAUCAUGUACAGUUGGUAUUUUCCGAAGGACUCUCCAUCCACUGGUCUGGGUCACCGUCACGACUGGGAACACGUGAUCGUGUGGAUUGACAAUCCCGAGAUCGCCGAGCCGAAGAUCCUAGCAGUCACCCCGUCAGCACACAGUGGGUAUUCUGCUCAAGUCCCUCCUGAUGCCAAUAAGGUUGAUGGCAACAGCGUCAAGGUCAAGUACUUGAGCAAAUGGCCGAUCAACCACGCUCUGGAAAGCACGGGCGAGGCUGGUGACUACCAGGAUCUCAUUAUGUGGGAGCAGUUGACCGACGCAGCUCGGUUGGCAUUGCAAAACACUGGCUUUGGCAAAGCAAAUGUGCCGAUGAAGGACGGGAACUUUGUCAGCAAGCUCGACAAGGCCUGGCCGUUUAAAAACUAAGCGGAUACAUGGAAGUGCAUCGUAGUGUGAUUCGCACACUUCUAGGGGCCUCGUUUUUUUUUAAAGCACUCUAAAUGUAGGAAAAAAUGGCUUUCCAACAAAACAAAAGAACCGUACGAAAACGC